AUGCUUAAGCAUUUGGUCAACUGCAGGUAUCUUUCGACAGGAGAGUACUGGUGUCCUCAGCACAAUCGGGUCGAGCGUUUUGAUGAUGUCAAGUGCAAGCGAUGUCUCAGUCAUCCAUCCAAGAGGAGGAAGAUGUUGUUCAUGGCCAAGAAGUUCUUCCACGGAUUAGGUCACAAAUCCAAGAAAAGUCAGGAUUCCGGAUUCGAUGUUGACCAGUAUUCCAGUGCGCCACCGCCCUACGAGAGCGUUGCUCCUGUGGAUCAGUCGAUGCCGGUUCAAACCGGACCUACCGAAUUGGAAUCGGUGACGAGAUAUGAAAUUGACUCUUUCGAGCCACCCGUCAUCCAUCAAUAUCCCCAGGAAGGACCCGAAAUCGGUGUCGACCCGCAGUCACUCAUGGUGUCCGCUCCAUCCGUGGUACUUACCUUACCCGAAACGUUGUCCGGGAUACCUGAGAUGCCCGAGCCUGUGGAGCUCGAAUGCACCCAACCACCACAUGUGGUUCUUUCGACUUAUCAGAGCUUUAUGGGGAUGGACUGGGAAGCUUCAAUGGCAUCCCAAUCGGUGUCGCCAUUCCACUGUACCCUAUCGGACGAUGCCUCAGGGCGCAGCAGUCAGAGCAGGCCGAGCCUUCAAGUCAACACUCAAGGCCUGCCGGGUCACCGUCACCCACAACGGCAUGCUUCCAGGCCUGCCGUGGCCCCAUCUCGCAGCCAUGGUCUAUCUCCUCAGUCAUCCGUCAGGUCCAAUGCGAGUGCGGAUACCACCUUUACCACCAUGAGUUCAACGUUGGUGUCCCCGGUAACGGAUUAUAGCGAAGGGUUGAGCUCCGACAUGGCUUGGUCAGUCAGUGAUACCAAGAUGGCCGCUGAAUUCGACGAGAUCCUUGAGACAUCUCACGAUGCGUCAUUCCCCAGCAUCUUUAAUGGAUUGGCUGAACUCCCGGCUGAGUUGCCUGUUCCGCAACUGCCGGAUGAUUUCCUAUUUUCCAUGGAGAUGCCAUCGAAAGAAUCGACAUAUCCCACCCAGCUUGACCUGACAGCAGACGAUCCCACGGACAUAGUUGAUUCUGACCAAAUAAAAGUUCAAAAUGACAGCAUUUGCAACUCCGAGGUCGAGACAAUGAUCAUCUCAGCCUGGGAUCUCAUUCAGGAACACUUAUCAGCGUCAAGACAUGCAGUCCAAGAUAUCCCGGAAAACCCCCUGGCCAAGCAGCUUCAAACGAUGUCAUCCAAAGAUAUAGCGCUCACUGGUUUACGAACAUUUCGAUCGAUGCUUCAAGGAGAGCAACCUUCGUCGUCAAUGGAUUUUGUCUGCUUGAUACACGUCAUAUAUGCCUUCAACUUCGUCACUCGACAAGAACACAUGGAACAAGAUGCCAAGGACUUAUUUCUCCAGUGUCUGGCUUACGAAAACAUACUCCCUGAGAAUGAAGGAGAUCCGUACCGCCAACUGGUGUAUCAGAUUUUGGAACCAUCGGGAAUCACGACUGGAGAUUUUGGUAACUUCAGUGCAAAGUCCCCUGUUGUAUCCCUGAGCAGAUCAUCUAGUCUAAAAGGAAAAGCUCCCACCACACGAGUAGAUCUCAGCAGCACCAAUUCUGAUACCCUCCUGAUUGCAGGAUGUCGGUUCUUGGAUGAACUGGAAAGCUGCAUUGUCUUCGGUCAACCAUCACACUCGCUCGGUAUUAACAACUCCGAACUCCAUAAGAAGCAUCAAGAGGUUCUCAUGUUUUCCGCAAACCAAGGAUUCUCAUCGGAUGUCACCAAUAUGCUCUGUGAACUGGUCAAGCACAACGGGGAUUUGCAACUGCUCACAGGAAACCUGUCGGAGAUAUGCAGCAAGGCCAAUAACGGUGCCAUCUUCUCUGGUCGACGACUUGAGAUCGAGGUUCUUCACGCUGGAAAGGAAUGCAUGCCUGCGAGUCGCUAUUACAGUAACUACGUCCCAAAGGUCUGGGAGUUAUGCGACGAGAUCUACCUCAAGUAUUUCGGAAGCGUCAACGAUCGUGUUGUAUAUCACCAACUCGGCAUAUCAGUGAUCGAGUCCAUGAUCUCGGAGUUCGAUAACACAACAGGCCACUCCACAACAACCACUGAAGAACCCCAAAACGAACUAGAGGGUUUCCUGAAGGAGCAGACGGAUAUCGACAAACUCUCCACGGAUUCUACUCACCAUCGCAAGGUCUCCGUGCCGACAAUGACCCUCACCCCACCCGAAACUCUGUACAGCUCCCACGUCGCCAGUCCCGCAGCUACAACGAAUUCUGGACCGCAGCAAACACAAAAUAAAAAGCACCAACAAAAACAAAAACUGCAGCAACAAUACCAAAAGGCUUCCCAACCCCAGUCCCAGAUUCCCUCAGAACAACAAACUCCAUCCGCCACUCCCACUCCUUGCCAAAAACCCGACUCCGAUCCCCAGUCCCCACCCCAAUGCCACCUCUGCGACUACCGUCCCAACGGCCACCCCCGCUGGUACAAGGGAAGCAUGGCCAAGCACAUGAAAGUCAAACACAGCGAUCAGCCUGACCGUAUCUACGCCUGCACGUACCCUGGUUGCAAGAGCCAGUAUAAGAACCGCCCGGAUAAUUUGCGACAGCACAAGAUUGAGAAGGGGCAUUGGGUUGAGGGCGAGGAGUUUGGAUACGGUUCAGGGGCCAAUGAGAGGAGGCCAAGUAAGAAGAGGAAGAAGGGAAGUGAGCACGGUGAUGAGGAAGGGAUUUGA